AUGGAAAAUUUCCGCAUAGGUUUUAUUGGUGGUGGUCGUAUCGUUCAAGCGUUACUCGAAGGACUUGAACAAGCAAACUAUUUGCAAAAUAUGAGCAUUUGGAUCAGUUGUCCAUCAGCAGACAAUGAAAAUUCAUCAUUAAAAUGUUACGGCAAUCGUAUACGAAUGACAACAUCGAAUACAGUCUUAUGUACCAAUUGUGAUAUUGUUGUCUUCGGUGUUAAAGCUAAACUAAUCAAAUCGAUUUGUAGCGAACUUGUAAAAACAGUGGACAACGCCAGUUUGGCGCAGGUAUUAUUUGUCUCAGUCAUUCCUGGUUUAACUAUAUCAACAAUAGCACAAUGGCUACAUACACAAGAAAAUAUCAUUCGGAUUAUGUACAAUGUUAACGUUGCGAAAUGUAAUGGAUCCUAUGCUCUGUCAUCAUCGAAAACCAAUGAGAAUGAUUCACGUCAAAUCUAUUUAAAAUCGGUUUUUGAUAAAGUUGCGUACUUUGCUGGAAAUGUUACCGAAUCCGAAUUGGAUAUCAUGUGCGCACUGAUCGGCAGUGGUCCGGCUUUCUUCUGUACAGCCGUGGAAGGUUUAGCUGAUGGCGCGGUGAAAGCUGGUCUAUCACGCCAAUUAGCAAAUACGCUAGCUGCUCGGACAAUGCUCGGUUGCGCUGAUAUUCUUGUCACGUCGUCAAAGCAUCCAGCAGAACUUAAGAACGAUAUAUCCACACCCGCUGGUACGACAAUAUAUGGUUUGCAUGAACUGGAGAAUCGAGGUGUGCGAGGUGCAUAUAUGGAUGCACUGAUGUCUGCAUUCAAUCGUGCACAAACGAUGGCUGAUCAAUUAGCUCGAGACUUGAAAUAA